AAUUAUCUUGUUGGUGAGGUAGGACGACAUAUUGUCUGUGACUUGUUCGCACACACAAGGGUUAGUGUUCUUGUUAUUCUCGUCAUUGAAAAUGGCUCUGGCCGCUCAGAAAGCUCUAUUGGAUGAGCUAAUGGGUAAAAACAGAAAUGCUUGUAAUGGUGAGAGCUCUGGUGGUCCACAUUGGUCUGACGAUGAUGUAUGCAAGUUUUAUUUGUGUGGGUUUUGUCCUCAUGAUUUAUUUGUCAAUACAAAGACGGAUUUGGGUCAGUGUCCUAAAUCUCAUGAUGAGCGCAUGAGAGAAUCGUAUAAAAAGAGUUCUCGUUUUGGAAAGAUGGGGUACGAGCAAGAUUUUGUUCACUAUCUUACUCAGCUUUUGGAGGAUGUUGAAAAAAGAAUUCGGCGAGGACAUGAGCGACUGGCAGUCAAUAAAUGUGUUAACAAUCCAGACCCGAUCGGAGCCAGUGAAAAGAAAGAAAAAAUUGCUGCGCUCACCAAAAGAAUUAAUGACUUGGUGAAACAAGCUGAGGAAUUGGGAACUGAAGGAAAGGUUGAUCAAGCACAGGGAGUUCUUAAAUUGUGUGAACAGCUAAAAUUUGAGCGAUCACAGCUCGAGGGUGAUGCGCGUCCCGGAAUGACUCAGACUAAAGAGUUGGAAGUCUGUGAGAUUUGUGGAGCCUUCAGAAUCAAAGACGAUGCACCUCAACGAGUUGAAGAGCAUUUGUCUGGUAAAAUGCACCUUGGCUACGCGAAAAUUCGUGACUAUUUAAGACAAUACAGUGAGAAGCAUUCGAAUUCCUCUUCUCGUUAUGGACGACGGGAUAAACGAUCUCCAGCUGAUCGCUCUCCUAUUUCUCGGGAUCGUGAUCGUCGUCGCAGCCGUGGUAGGAGUGUAGAGCGAAAUAGUAUCACAGUUCCCCGAUGAAUUAAUGUGAUUCGAUUGGAAUAAUUUAAAAAGGUACUUAUUGCAGAUUUUAAUUCCGCUUAUUAGGUAAUUUUGGAGUCAUCGUCUAUUGCGGAGGCAAUCGAUUCCACAAGGUAUAUUUACUUUUAAAGCCCAAAGUAGUUUAUUUAACAUAGAUUGUAAAGUUCGAUUAAGAUAUACGCAAGGUGAAUUUUUAGGUAUUUUUCACUAUUGUCUCUAAGUGUUUUUGUCCAUUUUUCAGUUGCUAUUCUGUUCUUGUUUAUUUUCUCAGUUCUCAUCUACACUCCAAUGCUUCCCGACAUGGUCGCCACGAAAGUGGUGGCAGUCGGUUUAGAUCCAGACAUGAUUUUCGGGAUGAAAGGCGAAGAUUUGGUAGAUCUAGAUCCAGUUCACGUUCGCGAAAACUUUACGAUCGUCACCGUCACGACCACUCAUCCUCUUCAAAGUCCACGAAGCGCAAUACUUCACCAUUCAGUGCCGCCCGACGUCCUCCCGAGGGUGCUGAAGAUUACUAACUUCUCAGUCCAACCUAUUUGUUAGAAUAUUGUACAUAUAUUUCAGAUAAGUUUUCUGUUUAUGCGUUAAUAAGACCUUAAUUCAUGUUUGUUUCCACUUAGCAUUGAUUUGUCGAAUACAGAAAUUAAUGC